AUGCCACGAUGGCAUAACUUGGGUUUUCGACGGCGCUCCGCCGCUAGUAAAAGGGAAAUCGCAGGAGCUCACCCAACAAGCGGAGAGCAAGCUCAGCCGACAUGGGGUUGUCUUUUUUCCAACCCACAGAUCCACCACUAUCCGUGGUCCGCACCGCCUACGGUCCCCAACCAUCGACUAUUCACUUUUUUGAAAAAACAAGCUUUUCAGGCGACAAAGCGCGGUCUCGCAGCACCGCUGAAGCAGGUCAUCGAUCGGCUAGCCACAAAGAGCCAGAAUACGCGGUGGCAAUGCACAGCUUUAAAUGUCACGCCGGCUCAGCUAUGGGAUCACGGCCAUGCGGUAACGGAAUACCAGCUAUGGACACGAUAUCGACACGCUACCGGACAGCUAAACUUUUGGUACCAAAACCGACCCCCGGACGGAUCAUGCACAUAUUUGGAAUGUGUAGGCCAAAAGGAAACCCAGGAGCAUCUCUUUUGGGGAUGUCCCCGCGCUCAGGCAAUCUGGGCCCGGCUUAUCAGUCAUUGGGAGAGUACACCUCACCAUCCUACCCACCUCCUGGAUUGGCUUGAACACUGCGCAAACUGUAGCGUACCACGCAUCUCGCCGCAGGUCACAGCAAAGCUGUUAGCCCGGUACCCGGAAGACAUUGAUCUAUUCGCCACAGCCUGGAGGACGAUUUGGGAAGUCGCAGUGACCGUCAUUAUCACAAUGCUCUGGCAACUUCGCGUGGAUAGGAUUUUUAACAAUGCGCUUAUUCCGAUACAAGCCAGUGAAACUUUGAUCUGGAAUAGGAUUCAGCUCCAACUGAGGGCGCUCAUCAAACGUCUCCAUUGCAGAGCGGCCACAGCCGUCCGUGGAGCCCAACUAUCUGCAUGUUACGACAUAUUUAUAUCAGAACCGAUAGGGCAGUCCGGCGUUCAUAGACGUGCUGCCAGCCGUAGGCAAUUCCCGGACCCUCCAGCGUUGCUAGUGUGGUUAACUACCUACCAGAGAUCUUGCACUAAUCAGUAA